UAUUUGACUACACAGGAUUCGUGAUCCAACUGGUGGAAUUGUUUUUUUUUUUCCAUUAUGAACGGAUCUGUCACAUACACGAUCUUUGGUAUGACGUCCUGUCUUGGCGGAGCAAACAUGGCGAACAUUCGAUGUGUGAAGGGUAUGGUCGGCCUGGUUACAGGUGGGGCCUCUGGUUUGGGUCGUGCCACAGUUGAGCGGCUGGUGCAGUGUGGGGCGUCUGCCGUCAUCGUGGACCUUCCUUCCUCUGAUGGAGAGGCUGUGGCAGCCAGCCUGGGAGAGCGCUGUGCCUUCGCUCCGACAGAUGUCACGUCAGAAGCAGACGUGCGAUCCGCCGUGUCUCUGGCUAAAGACAAGUUCGGGAAGUUGGAUCUCGCGGUGAACUGCGCUGGCAUCGCUGUGGCUGUCAAAACCUACAACUUCAAGAAGGACCUUCCUCACAGUCUGGAGGACUUCCAGCGCGUGAUCAACGUGAACAUCGCAGGAACCUUUAACGUGAUCCGCCUGGCUGUGGGGGAGAUGGGGAAGAACGAGCCGGACGCAGACGGACACAGAGGCUGCAUCGUCAACACCGCUAGCGUGGCAGCUUUUGACGGACAGGUCGGACAAGCGGCGUAUUCUGCAUCAAAAGGUGGCAUCGUGGGAAUGACGCUUCCUAUUGCUCGAGACCUGGCACCUAUGGGCAUCAGAGUCGUGACAAUCGCACCUGGGCUGUUCUCCACUCCGCUCCUCGCCAGUCUUCCAGAGAAGGUGCGCUCCUUCCUCGCCCGCCAGGUGCCCUUCCCGUCUCGCCUGGGAGACCCUGCAGAGUUCGCCCACUUGGUGACGUCGAUAGCCGAGAACCCCAUGAUCAACGGAGAGGUCAUCCGGCUGGACGGAGCCAUCCGCAUGCAGCCCUGAGCCAGCGCCAGCACUUGAACAGAACCUGAACUGCCUCUGAUCCACGUGUGGCUGUCGGCCAUGUUUGUGCUGUAGAAAGCUGCACACGCCGGAACUGACACGAACCACAUCAAACAUUUGAACUGUCAGACUGAAAUAAACCAUCUAAUCACAAAGUCGUUUAGAUAGAAAUGGUUUUAUUUGUUCCUAAUUCUGUAAGUUUACAGUCUUUGAGUGUGAACAUCAUGACUCUCUUCUCAACACAUUUAAUUUGAUGAAGUUGAUAAUAAACUUUGGGAUGUAUGA